AUGUUUUCUUGGGUUAAAAGCACUGCACAAGCAUCCAUUUCUGCAGCUCUCGGUACCGCUGAGCCAAUCUAUGGUCCAUCUGCCAUCCAAUCUGUUGCUCUUCAAGAAUCAGAAAACCCCACCUACGAGAUCACUCGAGAUGAUCUGAGAUGGCAUGGUCUCGACACAACAAGCGCCGAGACCCAGACUUUCUACCUGGAAGCUGAGAGCGGGCACAUGGGGCUUGUACAGAUCAUUUACUCUAACGUUGCAAACCUCCAUGUAACUGCUCAGGUGUCCACCAAAAUCUUCCAUCCAGAUGGGCGUAUAACUUGGUCCAACGGAAAGUCUUACACCAUCAAAAGCGCCGUCGACCCGACCAUUUUCAUCGAUCUCGUGGUAACUCAAACUACACCUGGGUUCAAAAUUGGAAAGGAUGGGCGCACAAAUUUCGGAACAGACCCAGAAAAUCCGUGGGGAGCCAUUAGACAUGUGUUCUGGCCCCGAAACACGUUAGAAGGGUUUAUCAAGGUCGGAGAUGAGAAGAUUAAUUUCAAAGGGAAAGCAAUGCAUGUUAUGGCGUUGCAAGGGAUGAAGCCACAUCACGCUGCUGCCAAGUGGAACUUUGUCAACUUCCAGGGUCCCACUUAUUCAGCUAUCAUGAUGGAGUUUAUCACCCCCGCUUCUUACGGCACAACAACCGUAAACAUCACUGGUCUCUCUAAGGAUGGUGAGCUUGUGGCUGCCGGAACAAAGGGUGAAUGUGAACACGUAGCUUCGCAACUAGAUGACGUAGAAUUGCCCGAACCUACAGCUGUAAAGUUUGUAUGGAACGCCACAACAAAGGAUGGGAAGGCAGUUGAGGCUGUACUUGAGGAAGAGUUGGGGGAGAAGAUUGAUCGUGUGGAUAUUAUGGCGGAGGUACCAGCUAUAAUCAAGAAAAUCGCUGGAAACGUAGCAGGAACAAAGCCAUACAUGUACCAGUAUCAUAAGAAAACGACCAUAAAAAUCAAGAUUGGCGAUGAGGUAAUCGAAGAGGAAGGAAAGCUCUUCUACGAAGCAACCUUCAUCUCCGAACUGUAG